UAUAAAAGCUGGACGCGACUGGGAGAUGUCAUCAUUCGUAGUCACGAGGCGAAACAGAAAUCAGUGAAUUUUCUCGUCGUGAAAUCAACGUACCCACUCUUCCUAGAACCAUGUCUCGCGCUAUCGUUCUUUUCUUGGUCGUCGUGGCUGUUGCUUACACAGCUGCGUUUCCCGAGGGACAAGAAGCCUCUCAAGAGUGCGGUCCCAAUGAAGUUUUCAACGCUUGCGGAUCGGCAUGCGUGGACACGUGUGAACGACGGGCGACAUCAGUCUGUACGAUGAAUUGCGUGGUUGGCUGCCAAUGCAUGGAUGGAUACGUGAGGAACAAGGAGAACAAGUGCGUCCUCACUCGCGACUGUUAAUCCCUGUGGAGCUGCGAUUAACGUGGGAGUUUUAAUUUAAGUCCAAUUAGCGACUGUUGCGCGCGGUAGAACUGAGUUCGAUCCUGCGUAACUUAUACUUAAUCCUUAGUGAUGCCGACUAAAUGAUUUUAUC